CUCAUAGCUCUUUCCCGCCGCACUGCUCUAAAACUUCCUAUCACCGUCAAGAACACAAAGACGGCAGUGGGCUAUCUAGUUCGGAACAGUGUCUUAAGCUGCUUUUGUGAGGUAGCAGGAUUCGGAGUACUCUGCAGAACGAAAAACGCAUUGAAAGGCAAAGAUCUUGCAGACUUGGUGGAAGCUUAUGCAGCAGGACUGUAUUUAGAAGGUGGUGUCAAUAAAGCUAGAAUUCUUGUAGAUGCGUUAAUGGUCGAGCUAUUGGAUCAAUUGUUAUGUGUGGCUGCAGGUGGUCUUAAGGAGAUGAGAAUGUGUUGCGUGAAAUAUUUCUGCACUUUGUUACCAAAUUCUGUCGUAUUUCGGUUGUUUGGAGGUGCGAAGCAAAGUGCUGUUGAUCGUAGAGAACAGUUGUAUGGCAAACUACAGCAAAGCAUGUUUCAUACAAGCGAUGCAGGUUCAGAGUUGAAAACGUUUGCAGACCAAAACAAUGUGGAACUUCGUGUAUGGAUUGGGCAAGUAGGAUGGAGGUUGAGCCAUGCGACGAUAUCGUUGAACGGGGUGAUUUACGGAACAGCCGCAGAUUUAAAUUUAGAUCAGUGUCUGAAUUUGGCAUCGAUAGCAGCUCUCGAUAAGUUGAGGAGUGAAGGGAGGCUUUAG